AUGGCCGAACCCACCAAUUCAUCCUCCGGCGAAGAAGAAGAACCUUCAUCGGAAGGAUCCGGAUCCGAAUCCGAACCCAAAAUAACCCAACAAUCCUCCGACGAAUCGGAUCAUUCGCCGUCCAAAAACCCUAGAUCGCAAUCACCCACCGGAAAACGCCCUGCGGCGGAGCCUGACGGCGGCGAUUUCAAACGGAAGAAGACGGUGGUGGCGGUGGCGGCACCGGAUGCGGAUACUUUUGGGGGGGAAAAGAAGCAGCUUUUUCAGAGGCUGUGGAGUGAAGAUAAUGAAAUUGAGUUAAUUCAAGGUAUGAUUGAUUAUGUUGAGGAAAAGGGUAAAGAUCCUCUUGCAGAUGUUAAUGAUUUUCAUGAGUUUGUGAAGAGAUCACUUCAUGUUGAUGUUAAUGACAGACAAGUGUUGACGAAAGCUAGACGGUUAAAGAAGAAGUUCGAAAACAAUGCGGUUCGAGUCGUAAGCAAAGGGAAAGUCCGGUCCUUUUCGAACCCACACGAGAAGAGAAUGUACGAAUUGUCGAAAAAUCUUUGGGGGAGUGAUGCUAAUAAUAACAAUAAUAAUAAUAAGAAUAUGGUUAUGAGUGGUGGUUCCAAGAAAGUUAAGGUCAAUGUGAAUGUGAUGCCGAAGAAGACGAACAAGAGUUGUAAAGCGGUUGGUUCGGGCAAUGGGAAUGUGGGGAUUGAGCCGGAAGAGGUGCAGCCUCUGCGGGCGGUUCGUGGGUUGGAUUAUUUUGGGUCGAUGGGGUUGCCGAUUACUGAUGAGGUGAUUAUGAAUAAGGGGUUGGAGUUGGUAACGGGUGCGAAGAGGGUUGAGAUGGAGGCGAAGUGGAAGAAUCUUAAGGUGCAAGAGCUCGAACACUUUUUGAAGAAGGUGGAUGUUUUGAAAGAGCAGGCGGAGGUUGUGUUGAAUGCUAUAGCGAAAUCUGGUGGCAAAUAA